AUGAGAAGAGUUAAACUCCUAUCACGCAUACGAUGUGACAUCAGCCCAUUGGUUGCGCAGUCAAUCUACAAAACGAUGAUAGAGCCAAUCCUUUUAUACUGUAAUAAUCUAUUUCUCGGUAACAAAGUCAGCUCGAUCGAAAAAUUCCAGAAGAAAGCAUUCGACACGGUGGAUCAUGGUCGUCUACUGUCCAAAUUAUCUCAUUACGGUAUUAAAGAUAAAGAACAAACAUGGUUUGAGAACUAUUUAUUUGGAAGGCGUCAACGUGUAAUCUACGAUGGCACACAAUCUGACAGCCAACCUGUCGUUUGUGGUGUGCCACAGGGUUCCAUUUUAGGACCUAUGCUGUUCAUCUUAUUGAUUAAUGACAUCGAUCACCAAUUGAAUAGUUGUAAAAUCCUACUAUAUGCUGACGACACAGUGGUCUUUACAUCCAGUAAAAAUCAAGAAACCAUUAAAGUAAAUUUAAACUCGGAUCUAUCAAAACUGGCCACCUGGUUUUACGAAAACAACCUAGUCGUCAACCUCAAAAAAGGAAAAACCGAAUUCAUCCUGUCAAAAGCCGAGAAAAUGGAUAUUAUGAUUUGA